UGAGCAGUUGUGACGUCACUGGCCCUUGUCGGGUUGCUACGGCGCCGCUGCCAAGGUUAGGUUUGGGGCUGAGCGAAGAAAGGGGACUGUGGGCUCAGAGCGCCGGAAACGGCUCAAGGUGCACGAAAGGUGGAACGUGGGGGCUCACGUGCUGCUGCCACAGCAACGGUAAAACGGAAGUCGUGCUCCCGCGCAGCCCGGCGCCCGGGCGGAAACAGCGUUCUUCCCGGAGCUGCGGCCCCGAGCUUCGCGCCUGGGCGGCCUCGGGCUUGGCAGCCGGGAGCUACGGGAGCACCCUCCGCGGGUAAGAGGGAGGAGGGGCACUUGGCGCGUACCUCCCGCCGCGCGGGAGAGCUGGAGCGCACCGUCGGCCUUGCCGCAACGGUUGUGUUAAUGCCUCGGAGCAGCCUCGGUCUCCCGACGGAAAGGUUCGUUUCAUUACCCGACAUUUGUCUUAAACAUGGAUAAACACGCCGCCUUCCGGGGCAGCCCCGUCUCCCUGGAUCGUAAAGCGCCCUUUUGCUUCAAGACGUUAUGGGAUGCUCCCAGUCUCUGAAUUCUGAUACGCUACUGGGCAUAAUAUUUAAGCACAAAGGUGUUAGUUUCCUUUCUCCGUAGUUGGGCCGGAAUUAAGAUUCUUUCUCUUUCAGGUAUUGAUGUUGAAUGUGCCUUUUUAGCAUAUAAAAAUGGCUGUACCCCAAAACGCCAUCCCCUCCUUGUCGGAAUGCCUGUGCCGCAUCUGUGUGGAAAUCCUAAUCGAGCCCGUAACACUGCCUUGUAAUCACACGCUCUGUAACCCAUGCUUCCAAUCGACUGUCGAAAAGGCAAGUCUAUGCUGUCCCUUCUGUCGCCGCCGGGUCUCUUCGUGGACCCGAUACCACACCCGAAGAAAUUCUCUUGUCAACAUGGAACUGUGGGAAUUAAUCCAAAAACACUAUCCGAAGGAAUGCAAGCUUAGAGUCUCUGGGCAGGAAUCGGAGGAAAUAGUUGAUGACUGUCAGCCGGUUCGCUUAUUAAGCAAGCCCGGGGAAUUGAGAAGAGAAUAUGAGGAGGAGAUAAGCAAGAACAAUUUCAGUGAUGGAAGUGCCUUGGCUUCGCCCUUGAAUUACAGAAAAUCUGAUACAGUCACAACCAAGUCUCAAAAGAAAAGUAAGAACAAACAAACAAACACUGGAGAUAUUCAUAAGUAUUUGUCACCUAAAUCUCAGUUCGGGUCAGCAUCGCAGUCUGAAAUUUUACAAGGAAGCCCAAAGAACUGCAUGUCUAAGAAAACUGACAGUAGUGUUGUAGAGAGCCCUGCAUGGCAAGAUACAGAAAUUGAGGAAGAUAUGCCAACACUUUCUCCACAAAUAUGCAUGGAAAUUCAAGAACAAGGUGAAAAGUCUUCAGAGUCACCUAUGCCUCAGUUAUGUGCCAGUGGCAGAGAAUGGUGCCUUGAAGGAAAAGUCAAAAUGAGACCAACCAAUCAUGAUAAAGAGUUAUGUGUCCUAAAUCAUGAAGGACCUGAAGCCAGAGUUCCCUGCUCUGGAGAAGCUGCAGCUAAGCCUUAUGGCAAAACCGAGAGUGGGUGCACUGUAUCAGGUACGACACAGAUAACUGCAAGUAAUACAGUUACGACAGAAAAUGAAGAGUCUUGCCUACCUAUCAGUAAGGAUAUUUCCAAAAGAAAAAACCCAGAAUCUUUGUCUGAAGCAGUCAGGGAUCCGUGUGUUUCUGCAAAAAGAAGGAAAACAUUCCCCGAAGCUUCCUCAGACCAAGAGGAAGCAGAAAUCAACUUUACCCAAAAACUGAUAGAUUUGGAACGCUUACUUUUUGAGAGACAUAAACAAGAAGAAGAGGAUAGGUUAUUAGCGUUACAGCUUCAGAAAGAAGUAGAUAAAGAACAGAAGAAGCCAAACCGGCAGAAAGGAUCCCCAGAUGAGUAUCAUUUACGUCCUACGUCAUCACCUCCAGACAGAUUGCUAAAUAGACAGAGGAAGAAUUCCAAAGACAGGAACUUCAAAAGACAGACUGAUACAGAGCAUUCCAAAUCUCGGAGAGGCUCGAAAAAUGAAAAUUGGCAGCCGUCUUUUAAGAUCCAGUUGAAACAUUCAGUUAAUGUUAAUGGGAGAAAGAUGCCAAAUUCUUCUAGAGAUAAUACUAAUGUAUCUAAAAGCACUAAUUCCCUACAGCCUAGUAAGUCACAGAAAAGUAUUUUCCAGAUGUUUCAGAGGUAUACAAAGUAAUGCAUGGGGAGAAAGAGGUUUUUAUAAUCUAGCAAAUGGAUGGAUUAGGAAGCCUUUUUUCAUAUAGAGACUUUGUAAUGGUCACACCCAUUGUCUAUAAAGGAUGGCAUGAUUAUGAGGGAGGAAUGUAUAAAUGUGUUUCUGCCAAACUGUGGUAAGCAGGAGUCCCAAUCCUUUGCUUUUUUAAUAACUGUGGUGUACUAAGUUUGACAAUCCUUAUGGGUAUAAGAAUGCCUUGGCGAGCUCCGAAGAAAUCUUCAAGUGCCAUUCUGUUUCCCAGAAAUGCAUGUUUUACAAAAGCCUUUGCUUCCCUUCGUGUCCUAACUAGUAAUCAAAGUGAGAUGAUACAUACCAAGUAGUUAGGAACCCAGCAGGGUAAGUUCUCUUGCUACUUCCCAUAUAUUUGCAGAGCACUUGAAAUGCAUCUCCCAUAACACUAAAGGAAUCUAGUUUUCAUCUCCACUUUAAUUAUUUUAACCAUUAUAGCAUUUUCUUCGAUUUAAAAUGGUUUGUGAUUAAUGUGAAAUCAGAAAAAUCAAGAGUUUCCUGGAGAAUUAGGAGUUAGUUGACAGAAAGGAAACUAGGCUCUUGAUGCGAAGGGAGUUGAAGAGUUGGGGUGCGGCUCAGUGGAGCAGAUUGAUUGAAAGCGUUGGAAUGGAAUGAGUGACCAGAAGCUGGGCCUGGGAUGCAGUAGCAGGUGACAUUUAUUAGAGGGUUCUCCCUCCUCUCUUUGCUAAAUGACAUGGAAAACAUUUGGGUUUUAAAGCUUUUCAUGCCAUAGUAUCUGGUGUCAAAAUCAAAAUCAAUUGCUAAAUUGCCUGAAAUUUAGGAAUGUCACCUUUUUAUUAAUCUGCUAUUCUGGGGGUGGGGUAGGACUUUACUAUAGGAGAGUUAAAUAUCAUAAUAUCUUUUGUUGUGGGACCUGAGAUAUAACCAUGUGUUUAUUUCCUUAUAUUAUCAUUUGUAUUGAUGCUGACUAUUAUAUGUGUUUAUCGACAGAAAAAGAAAGUCUGAUACUUGGGUUUUGCCGUCUUACCCUUGAAAGUUAAAUCAGAAGGCAGUGAUUUCAUUUUGUGAAAUUUAACUUACAGACCAUUAAUCUUUUUUUUACAUUGAUAUGAACAACUUUAAGCAAAUAGUAGUUUUAACAGCAUUUCUGCUGAUCUCUAGUUGUCCAUCCUUUUGAAGUAAAAAUAAAACAUCCUAGAGCUAAUUCGAGCUUAAAUUUAUCAAUAUUUUUGUACAUUAUUAAGAUUUUUUCUCCAAAUUUUGUAAUUAAAAUUCUGUUAAUCUUUGCAUACUUAAUGGCAUCUAUUUCAAUAUUGAUUGGGUAAUUAUGGGUAGAAUUCUGAUGCUAAUUUAAAAUUUAGUUUGCUCUUUCUCAAAAAAAGAAAAACGUUUUUGCCCUCUGAGUAAUGAUUGUGCUAAAAUGAAGUCUAGUCAGAAACUAACCAAAUUUCUCCAAAAUAUGAUAAAAUCUGUCUUCUCAUCAAAUCAAUAUUUUUCUAAGAGCAAUUUCACUUAACAUUUUAGGGUAGACACUGUUAGAACUCCUCAAAAGUUGUAUAAUUAAAUUUUUCUGGAAUAGUCCAUGACCAAAAAGGGGUGAAAAUAGUGUGACAUAUAUAGGAUUUCUGCAUUUAACCACUCAUUUGUGAAGAAGUCUUCCUGACCUUAAGAUAAAUUUUAAUUUCUCUAUUAGUUUUUCUGGUAGUCCUACCUUACAUUUCUUUUCAUUAGAAACGAAUAAAUGUUUUGUGUCAGUCAUUAGAGUGUAUUGCUACUUAUUCCUCUCAUUUUUGUGGAGGGAUAGGAGAAUAUUGAACUUCUCAGGGAGCACUAGAACUAUACAAAGGUUGAGAAUCUGAAAAUUAAAAUAAUAAAAAUUAAGACAAUUACAUGUAUUUUACCACAAUUAAAAAAUAAAAAUUAACUACCUAAAAUUAAAAAAUUCUGCAUAACAAAAAUUACCACCAUAAUGGAAAAUUGGAAAAUAAGGCAAAUGGUGAGAGGGGUGGAGGGGCGGGGAGUAGAUGCAAUUUGUCGUGAAGAGCUCAUUUCCUUUGUACCAAGGAUCUGCUGAUAGAUUAUGAAAAUGACUAAUAACUCAAAGGGAAAAUUAGAACUGUUCCCAAGAAACAGUUCCCAGGAAAGGAAAUACAGAUGUCUUUUAAGUGUGUGAAAAGAUGCAUAAUGUCACUUAUACUCGGGUUUAUACAUCUGUCUACCCUUCACAUUAGUUAAGAUAAAGGUGCUUUUUUGUUUUGCUUUGUGUAUGUAUGUAUGUUUAAAUCUUGGCAAGAGUAUGGGGAAAUAAGCACGCUUAUGUAUUGGUUGGUAUCAGUAGAAAAUUUAAAACCCCAAUUCUGAAUUGGGCAAUUCUAUCUCUAGGAAUUUCCUAAAGCUGCCUUUACAUGUGUGUAGAAUGACAUGUACAAAAUAUUUUUGUAUGGCACUGUUUAUAAUAAUAAGCUUAGAAAAAAACCUUAAUGUCACAUCAAUAGAUAUUAAAUGAUGGUACAAUUGUUAUAUAGCAAUUAACAACAAAACCACGUUACUGAUAUGAAAAGAUAGAUCUAUGUAUUUGCAUAAUAUGUCUAGAAAGAGAAGCAAUAAAUGUUGCCAACAGGGAGAGAAA